AUGGUUUUGUGCUCUACAGAACUCCAGAUGAUGGAUCAUUCCGCGGUGGCCGAAGCUGACAAUGCAGCCAAUCUUGGGGAUGACUACGAGGACUCGUCAGUAGCGUCGCUGAGAUCCAGCAUUCUUCAACACCAGUCUGAGAAUGGCCGCACGUAUCACGCCAUGAGCGCGGGAAAGUACAAUUACCCCAAUGACGAGCGAGAGAAUGAUCGCCUAGAGCUUCAGAGCACGAUCUGGAAACUCACUCUCGAUGGUGAACUCGCAGUAGCCCCGGCUCACAAAACCGCCAGGCGUGUCCUCGACAUGGGAACUGGCACUGGCGUCUGGGCCGUUGAUUACGCGGAGACAUUCCCAGAGGCAGAGGUGAUCGGAGUUGACUUGAGCCCAACCCAACCGCAGUGGGCCCCUCCCAACUGCAAGUUCGAAAUUGACGACCUCGAAAAGCCUUGGACGUGGAGUGAACCUUUUGACUACAUCUUUUGUCGAACCAUGGAGGGCUCCUUCACAGACCCUGCGGAUAUUGUACGUAAGGCUUACAAGGCUCUGUCACCUGGUGGAUGGUUCGAGGCCGGCGGCUUCGUGUUGCCGCUGGGAUGCGAUGAUGGUACCCUCAUCAAGGGAUCAGCACUCAGCCAAUGGCAGGAGUUGAUGGUCGAGGCCGGCGAGAAAAUCGGCCGCUCCAUCGAAAGCCCAGCAAAGUACACGGAUGCCAUGAAAGAAGCGGGCUUCGUUGACAUUACAGUCAAAAAGUACGUCUGGCCGCUCAACUCGUGGCCAAAGGACAAGAAGCUCAAGGAAAUUGGGCGAUGGCAUCACGUCAAUCUCGAUCAAGGGUUCGAGGGUCUGUCCCUUGCUCUCUUUACACGAGCUCUGAACUGGACCAAGGAAGAGGUUCUGGCACUUUGCGCUGAAGCACGGAAGGAGCUGAAGAGUAAGAGCACGCAUGCGUACUGGAAUGUCCAGGUUACGUACGCCCGUAAGUCGGAGGAAACAGAUGGUGCGAAGGAUGUCUGA